ACCCUUGUCGCAUGCAAUAAUGCCUCGACCACAUCCACCUCUGUUGUGCAACUGCACCGAUUUCGAUUCCUGUCCAAAGCGCGCCUCUUCUCGCCGUUGAUCCACAGCCACCACCGCCGCCGCGUGUUCCUGAACAUCGCCCUGUCGUCGACUUCGCACGCGUCGCCAGUACCGCGCAGCCCCUAUCGCUCGCCAGCUGCUGCUGCUCCUGCUCGCCCGACAGCGCCGGCAAUGUCGACCUCCUCUGUCACCACGUCGGCCGACCAUACCCGUACACACGCUGGCCACUCGCACGCCGGCCAUCACCACCACCACCACCACCAUGGCGACAAUGCAUACCUCACGAGCAAGAAUAAGAACGAUCCCGGCGUGCGCAUCACCAGGAUUGGCUUGUACGUCAAUCUUGGAAUGGCCAUCGCAAAGGGUGCGGGAGGAUAUGUCUUCAAUUCGAAAGCCUUGACAGCUGACGCGUUCCAUUCAUUGACCGAUUUGGUGUCCGAUAUCAUGACGCUGGCCACUAUUUCAUGGUCCAUCCGUCCGGCAACGUUGAGGUUUCCCAUGGGUUAUGGCAAGAUCGAAUCUCUCGGCGCCCUCGCUAUUUCCUUUAUCUUGCUGGGAGGCGGGAUUGGCAUAGGCUUGCAGGCUGUUCUGGCGCUGAGCGAGCAGUUCUUCCCGCACAUCCACGAAGUUUUGUCCCACUUGGGUUUUCUCGCCCACUCACAUUCCCAUCAUGAUCACGACGCCGGCCACGCGGCUGCAGAGCUUGGCCCGAAUAUUAAUGCCGCAUGGCUCGCAGCAGGGUCGAUCGUGAUCAAGGAGUGGCUGUACCGAGCUACGAUGAAGGUGGCCAAAGAGAAGCGUAGCAGCGUGCUUUCAAGCAAUGCGUACCAUCAUAGGAUCGAUAGUUUGACUGCUUUUGUCGCCCUAUUCACUAUUAUUGCCAGCCAUUUCCUCCCAGGCGCACGCUGGCUGGACCCAGUAGGUGGCUUGGUAAUCAGUGGCAUGAUUGUACAAGCGGGAUGGGGAAACACGAUGUCGGCCCUCUACGAGCUCGCAGAUCGAGGAGUCGAUGAAGAGAUUCGGGAAAAGGCACAAGUGUCAGCGGCAGCGGCAGCUGAAGCGAAUGGCGCGGAGAUUCGUGGGUUGCAAGGCAUCAAGUCCGGCCAGAACCUGAUUUUUGAAGUUGAGGUGCUUGUACCAAAGGAUUGGACAGUCAUGCGCACUGACGAAGUUCAACUUGCUAUCCGAGAUGCAAUCGCGCAGAAAGUCAGGGGUACCAAGCGUGUCACUAUCAAGUUCACCACCAAAAGUACUAGCACUGCUUUUGAAGACGAUUUUGUGGCAAGAAGCGACGACCCCGAGCACGGCGCGGAUGAUCAUGGCGAUCACGACCAUGGGCAUGCCAACGGACAUGCAACGGAAGACGACAAGCGCAAGUGACGAGCGAUCAAAGUGAUCAGGAGCACCACUGGAAAGGAUCGCGAAAGCAAGGAGCAUCAAAAGUCACCAGGAAGCACUACAUCCUUCAACAUGUCACGUAUUAUUACGAUACCCUGGCGUUGUUCGAACGCUUCUGUAACAUUGUGGCUUACUUGCCUUUUGCUAGAUCGAUGAAUGGCUGAAAAUAUACGACAGCGCAGAUUAAGCUCUCGGCUACCACCCAGGUUUAGCACUCCAGAGUGCCUUGUUAGGUGACGACGCAGCAGUUUCGCGAACUUCACAUGGGAACACGCACAAUAUAUUGAAGAUGGGUGGUCCUUUGCGUUCGGCACUCUCGACUCUGGACACUUCAUAGAUAACCUUGUUGCAACUGACAGGUACUGUAUAUAAGCCGACCUCAACAUGCAUGCUUUGUGGGGUGAUGAUUGAGCUACCAGACUCGCCAAUCAAUUCCUCGCUAUGCACCCUUUCUGUCUAACUGGUACGAAUGAGGCUGAUGAGUCUCUGUCCUUGGUAGUGCCAUUU